GCUCUUCAAACAGAUAUAAGGAGAAAUCUCCCACUCCCACAGCACAGGGGGCUCUUGGUCUCCUCUCACGCUGCUGCUCUCCUCCUGCUUCAUAAUCUUGCUAUCCUGAACUCUUAUUGUUCCUAAGAAGCCACCAUGAGCCGGCAAUUCAGCUCCAGAUCGAUGUCAGCAGGUGGAAGAAGGAGCUUCCCUGUUUCUAGCAGUGGUUUCAGAGCAGGCAGCGGUUCAACGUCCCUUGUUCCCAUUGGAGGAGCGGGACCUUUAGGCGGGGGCUUUAGCAGCCGAAGUCUCUACGGCCUUGGAAGCAAGCGGAUAUCUCUGGGCCUAGUUUCUGGUGGUGGUGGUGGUGGUGGUGGUGGUGGGUUUGGUGGAAGAGGCGUAGGGUUCAGCAGCUAUAGCACUGCAAAUUAUGGUGGUUUUGGUGGCGGUAGUGGUGGUGGUCUAGGGUUUGGAAGUGGUGUUGGCCUUGGUAGUGGAGCUGGCCUGGGAGGCUUGGGUGUCGGCGGAUAUGCCCUUUCAGGCCCUGGACCCUGCGCACCACCUGGACGCAUCCAUAACGUUAUUGUUAACAAGAAUCUGCUGACCCCUCUGCACAUGGAAGUGGAUCCUGAGCUCCAGAGGGUUCGGGUGCAAGAAAGGGAACAGAUCAAGUCUCUCAACAACAAAUUUGCUACUUUCAUCGACAAGGUCCACAUCCUACAGCAGCAGAAUAUUGUGCUGUCAACCCAGUGGGAGUUGCUACAGCAUCAGUGCUGGGAUAGGAAGAGUCCUCAAAAUAUGAAAUCCCUUUUGCAGUCUUAUAUGCAAGACAUGAGAAUGCUGCUAAACACCGUGCGUGGGCAGAAGGAGCAACUGACGUCUGAAUUCCAGCAACUGCAAGAAGUCACAAAAGAAUAUGAGGAGAGGCACAAAGAAGCACUCAAGAAGCGCUUGGCUGCUGAGAAUGAAUUUACAGAACUCAAGAAGGGUAUCGAUACUGCCUAUAAGGAAAACAUGGAUUUGGAUGUGAAGGCAGAUUUGUUGAUAGAACAAAUUGUACGCCUGAGAGAUAUUUACGAAGUGGAGCGAAUGGAACUUCAGAGAAGAGUCCACGAUGGUGCUGAGAAUACUGUCUUAAUGAAUAACCAUAGAGACCUGAAUAUUGACAACUUCUUGGAAGAGGUCAGAUGCCAAUAUGAAGACAUUGUGCAGAGGAGUAAAGAAGAAGUGGAUGCACGGUGCCGAGGCAAACAUGAAGAACUUCAUACUAUGUGUGGCAGACACUAUGAACACAUGCACAACAACCACCAGGAGAUCCAAGAACUGACCCACCACAUCCUAAUGCUAAAGAUGGAAAUUGGAAAUCUCAAGAAAAAGAAUGCCAGGCUUCAGGAAAUCAUUGCUGAUUCUGAGCAGCGUGGUGAUCACGCCCUCCAAGAUGCUAAGGAAAAACUCCAUGAUUUGGAACAUGCCCUUCAGAAGGCCAGGGACAAGUUGACUCAACUGCAACGAGGCUUCCAGGAGCAGCUGAAUGACAAACUGGCACUAGACAUUGAGGCCACCAUCUGUCGACAACAGCUGGAAAGAGGAGGCUGCUGGCUGUACCAAGUACCAGUGGUGGAUGUGGUGGGGAAAGAGGAGCCCUUAGCAGCAUGA